GCUGUGGCUGACUGCAGAUCUGUCCUCAUCUCCCGCGGAGGAGCUGAUCCCUCCUCCCGGACAGAUGGAGCUGGAUGGGUGUGUCCUUCCCUCCGCCGCCCUCAGCCGCCUCCAUCCGGCGGGAACAGCGCAGGAUUCCGGGCUCAGAUUCUAACUUUGGAUGUCCGUGGAAAAGCCCGCGUGGGGGGAAGGCUGGAUGUUACUGCGUGGACGGUGGAGUGAUGGGAGUGUGACGCCGCGGAGCUCGGAGCCGCAUCAUCCCGGGCUGUGACGGCGCGGCGGCUCCGCCGAGCCGGGGCUGCAUCUCCGGCUGCGGGGGAAAGUUGCUGCAGCGAGCUGCUGCAUCUGCUGCAUUUACUGCAGCGCGGAGCGGAUUAACGGACUGCAUCCCAAAAGCUGCGGAGCAGACGCGGAGCGGGGAGCGGGACACCGCCCGAACCGGAGGAGCCGCUUCCGAUCCCCGUGGAGCAGCGCGCACCGAGCCAGGACCGGAGCUCCAGAACCUGAGCGCCAGAACCCGGUCCUGGUUCUGCUCGUGGUUCAGGUUCUGGUUCUGGGUUUGUCCUCAGCCGGCCGGUGGGUCCGCCCGGUGGGUCUGCGGGAGCCUCAGCAGGGAGACCCGGGCAGCGGCUCGGCUCAAGGACGCUCCGGGAUUCAUCUGCUGGACCCGGCUCCACCGCCGUGGAUCUGUCCCCGGGGACUCUCGGCGAGGCGGCGUUUCCACGCGUGGAGCGGCUCUGGAGGAGGAGGGGGGAGCUAACUGGGAAGAGCUGGUUGGAAUUUUCCACGCAUUCUUUUGUCCGUGGAUCAGUGGGAAUGCCUUCCUCUGACCUGAACAGCUGCACCUGAUCUCCGGGGCUCCUUCUUAUCAGGGCACGUCACACACGCACGCGCUUCUGCCUUUUCAUUCCCAGAACAUCGGCUGAGGAGUCUGUCCUCUGUGGACGUGAACGUGGAAGUGGGGGAGGGGGAAGAGACGAGUUGGAAAAGCUGCUGAUCUGCGGGGGCGCCGGCUUGUCAUUCAACUCCCAUCAGUUCAUCCAGGAGGAAGAGGAGCUGGACAUCCAUGACGGUGUCCUGGUGGCCAGGUCCGCUCGUCUUCCUGUGACCUGGAAGCAGGAAUGUGACAGACUUCCUGUUGACUUCAGGUGACUUCCUGGUGACUUCCUGCUUCCCACCAACCUUCAGGUCGGCCCGGCCGGCGGCUCCUGAUUGGUUCCCACCGAGGCAGAGGGACACAGCGCCGCCUGCAGGCAGACGGACAGCCAUGGACGUCCUCUGGCUCGUCCUCCUGUCCUGCGUCCCAUUCUGCCUCUGUGACAUGCUCUGUCCGAAGCGCUGCACCUGCCAGAACCUGCUGCCGUCCUACACGGUGCUGUGCGCCAAGACGGGCCUGCUGUUCGUCCCGCCAAACAUCGACCGGCAGACGGCCGAGCUCCGGCUGAUGGACAACUUCAUCACCACGCUGAGACACCGAGACUUCGCCAACAUGACCAGCCUGAUCCACCUGACCUUGAGCCGGAACACCAUCAGCCAGAUCAGACCCUACACCUUCGCCGACCUGCAGGACCUCCAUGCCCUCCACCUGGACGCCAACCGCCUCACCGUCCUGGACGACUCGCAUUUCCAGGGCCUGGUGAACCUGAGACACCUGAUCCUGGCCAACAACCAGCUGCACAGCAUCUCUGAGGGGGCCUUCCAGGACUUCCUGGAGACGCUGGAGGACCUGGACCUGAGCUACAACAACCUGGUGGACAUCCCGUGGGACACGGUGUCCCUGCUGGUGAGCGUCAACACGCUGAGCCUGGACCACAACCUGAUCGAGAGCGUCCCCGAAGGAAUCUUCUCCAACCUGCACAAACUGGCCAGGCUGGACAUGACGUCCAACAAGCUGAAGAAAAUCCCCCCGGAUCCGCUCUUCCUGCGCAUCCCGGUCUACGCCAAGAUGAAGGGCUCUCCGCUCACGGCGCUGGUGCUGAGCUUCGGGGGAAACCCGCUCCACUGCAACUGUGAGCUGGUGUGGCUGCGGCGGCUGACCCGCGAGGACGACCUGGAGACCUGCGCGUCCCCCAGAGACCUGGCCGGGAAGUACUUCUGGACCAUCAGAGAGGAGGAGUUUGUCUGCGAGCCGCCUAUGAUAACGCGCCACACCUCCAAGAUGUUUGUGAUGGAAGGUCAGGAGGUCAGCCUGCGUUGUAAGUCCAUCGGGGAUCCGGAGCCGUCCACGCACUGGGUCAGCCCGGACGGGAAGCUGAUGGGGAACACGUCCAGAACCAUCUGCUACGAGAACGGAUCGCUGGACAUCCUGAAGGUGUCCGUCAAGGAUUCUGGGAAGUUUACGUGCAUCGCGUCCAACGCAGCUGGUGAGGCCACUGCUCCCGUCGAACUCGUGGUCAAUGCCUCGCCACACUUCGGGCCCAAACUGGAGCCGGACCCAGGGCCCUCAGACAUCCCCACAUCCAUCAAAUCCAACGUGAGCGGGGGCCAGCCCAGGGCCGACCCGCAGCGGGUCAGCGUGUCGGACCUGACCUACAGCUCUGCCGUCAUUCGCUGGCCGCCACAGAACCACAUCCCAGGGGUCCGCAUGUACCAGAUCCAGUACAACAGCUCCACCGACGACAUUCUGAUCUACAGGAUGAUCCCAGCCAAUCACAAGUACUUCCUGCUGAGCGACCUGGCGGCAGCGCGGGACUACGAGCUUUGCGUCCUGGCGGUCUACGACGACGGCGUCACCACGCUGACCGGAACCAAGAUGGUGGGCUGCGUCUCCUUCACCACCGACUCUGAGUACGGCCGCUGCCACUCCAUCCGGGACCAGUUCCUGGGCGGCACCAUGAUCAUCAUCAUCGGCGGGAUCAUCGUGGCGUCUGUGCUCGUCUUCAUCUUCAUCCUGCUGAUGAAGUACAAGCUCCAUAGCAACCACUACAAGCAGAAAGCCGCGGCGCGUCACGCCAAUGUCUGCUCCCAGACCAACGGCGGCGGAGGGGGCGGAGCCAGCAGCGUACUAGCGCCGCCUCCGACCGCCGCGGGAGGUGCAGGCGCUAAUAAAAGCUGCGCGCCGGCCGCAGAGGGAGGAGCUUCUCUCAGAGGGACGACCGUGGUGGACCUGAACCCGAGUCUUGACGAGGACGCCGUGUCCCAAUAACAGGAAGCCGGACGCUCCGCGCCGACUCCCCUUUCUGUUUGUUUCACUGCGUUUCUUUUUCUGCUCCAUCCUGGAGUCAAACUGGACUUUCUGUGAGGAGCAGCGGCGCUCAGCGGUGUUCUGGCCGUGAUGAAGGGAACUGGGACCGCCUCCGGUCCAGAGCCGGUCCGGGUCUCAGCCUGCUGAUGUUCUGGACCCGGUGAGGUUCUGGCAGAACUGCGGGUCGGUCCAGUCAGGAAGUUCUGGUGCCGCUGCUCCUCUCCUCACUAUACGGUCACAUGCCAAAGGAUUACUGUGGGAGCAGCACCUCCUGCUGGACGCCUUGGCCUGAGAAACGAGCGAUGGAAGGACGACCUCUGACCUCCAGACGUUUGGUCGUCCCUCCUCCCUCUCUCUGUUUUAGGGACAAACGGACACACUGGACGUUAGCGUCCAUGACGUGACCUGGAGGAUCUGCAGCUGAAACGCCGGCGGACUGAACCGGCGUGGAAUGUAUGAAGUGGUUUUAAAAGAUGGCCGCAGAUGAUGCGUUGUCCCCUCCCUCCCCUGUUGCUGUCUGACAGUGUCUGUGUUUGUAUGUGACAUCCACCUAACAGUCUUCAGCGGUUUGACGCCCAGAAUUUACUUUAACCGUAACGAAACAAACGGAGAAAAACCACGGCAACAUGUGAAACGGGAAUUUUAUGCUUUCAUAGACACAAAUAUGUGGAUUUAUAAUGAAAUAAAAAGUAUUUUUCUUGGAAAAUUA